GAGAGAGAGGCAAAGCGGGGCAUCCCCCCCUUGGCCUUGGAUGCGAUCGACCUUUCUUGUUAUACCAUCGGACCCCUAUUCCGAUCAUCUCACCUGAAUUUGCUUCGCCUCUGGCUAUCCUCUGCACACAUACAACGAUUCUCGUAACGAACGCAUAAUACACUCUAGCUCAAAAUGUUUGGUACAUCUGCUAGGAACAUUCUCUCCCGAUCGACUGCGGCUUCGACCCUCCGAUCGACACGGGCUUUCAGCUCGACUCCCGUAGCCAGGUUCGCCUCUGUCGUAGAGGAAAGCCAGGCCGAUGCUGAGGGUUCCGAGAAGAAGAAGUUGAUGAAGGAGUUCAAGAUCUACCGAUGGAACCCCGAUCUCCCCAACGAGAAGCCUACCCUCCAGUCUUACAAGCUGGAUCUCUCUCAAUGUGGACCCAUGGUCUUGGAUGCUCUCAUCAAGAUCAAGAACGACCUCGACCCGACCCUUACUUUCCGACGAUCCUGCCGAGAAGGAAUUUGCGGAUCUUGCGCCAUGAACAUCGACGGAGUUAACACCUUGGCCUGUCUCUCUCGUAUCGAUCGAAGCGAAACCAAGGCUUCCAAGCUUUACCCUCUGCCUCACAUGUACGUCGUCAAGGAUCUCAUCCCGGACAUGACGCAAUUCUACAAGCAAUACAAGUCGAUCGAGCCUUUCUUGAAGAACGACAACCCUCCCGAGAAGGGAGAAUACUACCAGAGCGUUGAGGACCGACAGAAGCUCGAUGGGAUGUACGAGUGCAUUCUUUGUGCAUGCUGCUCGACCUCGUGUCCUUCUUACUGGUGGAACCAGGAUGAGUACCUUGGACCUGCCGUGUUGAUGCAGGCUUACCGAUGGAUGGCAGACAGUCGAGUAAGUCUCGAUCGCCCAUCGCGUCAAUCACGCGACCGCAGCUCAUGUUCGAUCCGCUCCUUUCUGCAGGACGCAUACGGUGCUGAGCGAAAGGCCAAGAUGGAGAACAGUCUUUCGGUGUACCGAUGCCACUCGAUCUUCAACUGUUCGAGGACGUGUCCCAAGGGAUUGAACCCGGCAAGGGCUAUUGCCGCCAUCAAGCUCGAGAUGGCCACCGGUGCCUAAUGCAUCGGAACAAUAAUUCGACGAUUUCUUUUUUGUGAUCUAAUAUGCUAUGUCCACGAUUUCAUGUAUAUCAACUUUGUCUCGGUGGCGGCCUACCC